AUGAACUCGUCGGCGCUCCUCGCGUGGCUCUUGUACGCGAGUGUCGCGCUCCUCCUGCUCUUCCUCAGCACGUCAUUCGUGCUCUACAUGCAGCCAAAGAAGCACGGUGCAUCGUCUUCCCUUCCCAGGUCCACGUCCCCGCUCUUCGUCCCCUCGCGCUUGGUCAAUAGCGUCGCCAUCCUCGCGCUCUACGCGUCGCUCCUCUGCCUCUUCACCGCCCCAAUUGACGUGUAUCUGUUGGAGAACGCGCUGCCUCAUGUUCCAGCGAACGCCCGCGCGCUGCGAGUGCUGUACCAAGUCUAUUUCGCCUUCUUGGCCUUGUACUCCUUCUGGAUCGCCCCGCUCGCCUUUAAUUACGCCAAACAGACAGAGAUUGCGCACCUGACGCUGCGCUUUUCUAGUCGGGAGCGGCUCUUUGCGGCUCUGAAACGCACCCUGUGCUUCUUGCUCGGUCUGUCGCUUCUUUUGCUGGUGGUCAUGGUCGUGCUGCUCUGUGGCAAGCCAGCGAGCUCCGAUAUCGAGUGGCUGCGACCGUUGCUCCGGUUUUCCUCGGAUCUGGAGACGUUUCUACGACUGCUUGUGGGCACUCUGGCACUCUCAGGCAUGUACUUGUGGCUGUUUGUGUGCAGUCGUGGACUCGCGAGUGUGCCGCUCGUAGGGCUCCUCAUGGAAGACCACAGUAUUGACGAGAACAUGACGACGUUUGACGCGCUUUUGCGGGAAAAUGCUUUGGAAUCACGGGCUACUGAGCAGACGAGAGAGACGAUUCUGCAGCGCUAUGCUGUCGAACAGCAAAUGAGUGGCGCUGAUCAGGAACGACUGUCGCAAUUGAAGACGCGCGCACAGCUCCUUGAAGAACGUCGAGCCGUGCUGCGUGACAACCUGCAGCGAUUUGCACUGACGGGAAAAUUGAUGUGCUGGAAGAUUCCGAUUGGUGUCGUUUUGAUGACAUUGUCGCUGCUGAUUGUCGUUUCGAUGCUCAGCACGAGCGUUGACAAGAUGGUGCAUUCGAGUUUUGCACGUGGUUUUCUCUUGAACGCACCAGAGUUUCCGAACCCGGUAGAUCUACUGUUGGUGAUCGCUUCGCGCGUAUUCCCGUUGGACUACGUAGUCUUUGCAGUGCUGUUCGUGUACUUGUUUACGAUUUCGUUGGUGGUGCUCAAGCGCCACGGCUUGCAGUUUCUGUGUUUCCGGCUUGGACGAUUGCAGCCGCGACUGACGUCUGCAGCUACGAUGACUAUUUUAUCGCUUGUGCUCAUGCAGCUUGCCAUGGUGGGACUUUUUGCGCUGCUCACAUUGGCGCCGCAGCACGCUACCUUUGGUCACCAAAUGUUUGUUGAUGCGUCGGGACGCGUUAUUCCUUGCACUCUCGAAGAGGCAGCCAGUGCUGCUGCUGCAGCCAAGUCGGGAGGUCUGCCCGAUCAUUGCCGCAUGACGCAGCUAGCGCGAUUCUACAACGCUCUAGCAGUUGAGCUGCCCAUGUUUGGCACGGCCUUUUUUGUAGGCCAGCUUUUGUUUGCCACAGCGUUUGUGCCGUGGGUCGCACAUGCCUAUUGCAUGGCAAAGAAGCUCGACGACCCUCUCGAUUCUAAUCGCCAGCGACUGCUAGACGACUAUUAA